GGCCAAGAUGCAGCCAUCACCGAUCCUUCAGAAAGCCAUCCGGCGACUGGCUUUGACGACGAAACAAGGACCGCACAACUACUACAAGGGAAAUCGAACCGGAUCGAUGGGAAGACAUACCAAGUACGGAGGAUAUGUAAUCGACUACAAGAAGGUCAGGACAUAUGUGUGUCCAGAUUUGAGUAACUUCAAUUUGACACCAUUUGUCUUAUCGCGAAUCGGGAGGCCGGAAAGGGACUACUUUGGACACACCGAGACUAAUAGCCGAAUGGAUGGAAAGGAGUAUAUUAAGAAGUGGAAGAAGGAGGGCGGAUAUAUGUGAGCCAGCAUUGAGCAUUGGAGGAAAACAUGACUUUGCAGCAUACAUCGGCCGCUGAAUCGCGUCGCCCUGCAUCACCUAAGAGAUGGCAUACGGGAGACGACAAGGCCAGAAAGAGGCUCAACAGCUAGGUUCGAUUCGCGUGCUGAAUCAUAGGGAGAAAGACGCUAUCUAGCGAUGAGGAGGAGAUGGAGCUCGUGAUAGGGAACGAAAGCUCUGGAGACGGAAAGUGAUACCCAGCAUAGGCCAAAAUAGAAGCUGCAGAAGAGACAGAACUGCGUAGUUUGUUCAACAAGGCCCUUUACCUGGUCU